UCAUUUUAAUGAAUAAAGUUUAACCUAACAUAUAAGUUCACACCAUAAUACGUGUUGAGAAAACAUCACGUAAUAUUAAAUACAACAAAAACAUAUCCAUUAUAUAAAGAAACAUGCCCAAACUCAAGAAAAUCGACAAGAAAAAAGCUGUCACCUUCCAACUGGUCCACAGGAGUCAACAGGACCCCUUAGUCGCUGACGAAGAUGCUCCUCAAAGAGUUCUUGUACCUGUGGAAGUUAGGGAUCCCAAAAAAGAGAAAGAAAAACGCAUUGAAGAACAGCACAAACAUGGAAUCUACUAUGAUGAUGACAGUAACUACUUGGAUUACCUCAAAGACUCCAAAGACCACCAAAUGAAGUGGCCAGAACAUGUGGAAAAGGAGUUAACAGAAAGGAUAGAAAAAGCUAAGAGUGAGCUACCUGAUAGUGUGUUUGCUUCUGAAGUUGAAGAAAAAGUUGGAAUGUUGGCUAAAGCACCACCUGUCUCAGGACCUCAAUUACACUUGGACCCAGAUAUUGUAGCAGCUAUGGAUGAAGAUUUUGACUAUUCCGACCCAGAAAACCAGCUAGAAGACAACUUCAUAGAACUAGCAGAUGGUUUAGCAUCUGACCAAGAAUGUAGUGGUAAUGAAGAAAUGUUUGAUUCAGACAGUGAUGGAGAAGAACUAGAUGAUGUUGGUUCUCUUCCUUGCUCUGAAAGGUCUUUUGGUAAUGAAGAAACCAAAUCAAGGUUCACAAGUUAUUCAAUGACAAGUUCUGUGAUGAGAAGGAAUGACCAAUUGACCCUUUUAGAUGACAAAUUCGAACAGAUGUAUGCUGGUUAUGAAGAUAAUGAGAUUGGGGCCCUAGACUGUGAAGAGAUUGAAGGUCAUGUACCUGAAACUUCAGACAUUUUGCUGCAAUAUGCUGAAGAGUUUGAAAAGUCUUGUCAGAGAGAGCAUAUUGAUAGUCAUGUGAUUGCAGAAAAGAUCAAAAACCAGUUGGAAAUCCUGUCUGACAGUGAAAAUGAGGAACUGGUAGAUAUGCCAGUGCCUGAAAAAGAAAAAUGGGAUUGUGAGACUAUCCUCAGCACUUAUUCCAAUAUUUAUAACCAUCCCAAGUUGAUACAAGAACCAAGGAUGAAUAAAAUCCAAAUAAGCAAGAAAACUGGCAUCCCUUUAAACAUCCUUGACUCGAAUAAACUUACAACCAAAGCUCUGAAUAAAUUGAAUGAGGAAACUUCUCCCUUUAGUUCUACUGGUCCAAAAUCUAUAGGGGGCCAAUCUAUACUAUCACAAAUAUCGACUUUGUCUAUCAGACCCAAAGAUGAGACUCCUGAGGAGAGAACAUACAGAAAAAAAUUGUUGAAGGAGUACAGGAAAGAAAGAAGGAUAGAAAAGAAAUUGAAUGUGCAGGCUUUCAAGGAAGAAGCCAAAAGGCAGGUCAAGAUUGCAAUCAAUAAUAAGAAUAAUGUGCAGGGAAAUAAAAUAUUAUAAAGUGUUAUCUUCUUUUCUUAUGCUCUCUAGUAUGGUGCCC